AUGGCUCUUUUUAGUGUCCCGAUAUUGGCGGGAGCCCUUCUUGCGGCUGUCAUUGUUCACAAUUUGCUUCGAGUAUACACUUCACCUCUAUCAAAAAUUCCAAAUGCAGGCUUUGGGGCAGCUUACUCUAGGCUUGCUUGGGCCUUUCCGCAGGAGUACAAAGGAACAGUAACCAUUGACCUACCCAAGCUUCACGAAAAGCUAGGACCGCUUGUUCGAAUUGGACCAAAUGAAGUGUCCUUCUACUCUCGCGAAACAUACGAGACGGUGCACAAAGUUGGAAGCAAGUUCAGAAAGGACCCAAGAGUAUAUGGCGAGUUUGUGCAAGGCGGCCAUCCUGCCCUCUUCUCUAUAACAGACCCGGAACAACAUGCAAAGCGAAGAAGAAUCAUGGGCCAGCUGUUCAGCCGGACCAAGGUGCCCCAGCUGGAGAAGCUCAUCUCGUCUCACGUCAACCGCUUCGUGCAGUUGAUCCGAGAUAAUGGCCCCAAUGUUGACUUGGCUGUGGCGUCCCGAGCGCUUGAGGCGGACAUCAUGUCUACCUUCUCCUUUGGCAAGUCGAUCGAGGCUGUCGAUUCUUGGGCAAGUGGCAAAGAGCUAGAAACGGUUGCCAAAAACGACCUCAAGGCUACCUGGAUGCCAGUCUUUACCAACUUUCCGCUUCUGUGCGAGCUACUCGAACAACUUGAGGAUGUGAUCUUCCGCGUUUCUGGUGUCAGAAGUGCGUAUACUAAAGGGCUCACAGAAUUCCAGCAGUGGUGCCGGGAUUCAUGGAAGAUGGCUCUUUCAGAAGACCCUGAACUUGAAGAGCCUGCCACAAGAUCUCCCAAUCUGAUCAAGUCUCUGUGCAACUCCGGCCUACACGCCGAAACCGCUCUCUCAGAAGCCAAGGAGAAUCUCGGGCCGGGGACCGACACGACGUCUGCGACACUUGCUCAUAUUCUGUGGGCUCUCGCUCAAAACCCAGACUACCAGAAGGCUUUAUAUAAGGACUUGGCGACUGUCUCCUUUUCGACUGAUAUGAAGACUUUGGAAAGUGUGCCUCGUCUUCAGGCCUGCGUGAAAGAGGGUAUCCGGUGGGCUGGUGCUGCUGCGGCAAUGCUUCCGAGAAUUGUGCCGCCAGGGGGCAUUGAGCUGCAUGGAAAGUUUAUCCCUCAAGGGACGGUCCUCACUUCAUCUCCUAUCUGGUACCAACAUGAUAAGACGGCGUUCCCUAAUCCAAAGGUGUAUAACCCCUACAGAUGGUUGACAGAUGACUGCAAAGGGAUGAGCGAGGAUAAACUUCGCGAUCGGUUCUAUAUCCCGUUCUCGAGAGGUGCCAACAUCUGCAUGGGAGCUCAUUUCGCCUACCUCGAGUUAUACAUCUCUGUAUCUCAGGUCAUUCGCAACUUUCAUCUUGAGAUCAGCAACCCUGUCCAGCGUUCAACGCUGAAGAAGAAUGAAGAAACCAAUUGGACACCAGUCCCUUUACCGAAGCGGCGGGAAUGGGUCGCUGCUGUUCCGAUGGAGAAGCUUAAGGUGAAGAUGUGUCCAAGGCUGUGA